CCAUGACAACCGCAGCGCGCGAACGCUGGAAUCUUUGCAUCUGCCGCGAAGCCCAAUACGAAGACAAGGUGCCGCCGUGCGCGUGCGAGACUUACUUGUUUUUUUUUUUUAAUGUUCCUCGCUCCGCACUUUUGGAAGAAGACGUCAGGAAUUCGCAAAACCACCUGUAUCUAGCGUCCGUGGGCAAUGUGAGUUAAACAGCCUUUCUGCUGGCCAAACCUUAAUAUUUCUGUGCCGUACGAACUGCGCUGGGUUGAGUACACUGAAAAAAGCCGCGCGUAUAGGAGCGAUAAAAUGCGCAUUGGAGUCAGGGAUGCUCCUCAUGGCGUUUACGCGUGGGGAGACCACUGGGGCGGGUGUGCUGUGCGUGUUAAUGCAUGUGUGAGAGACUGAGAAAGGAAGAUAGAGGAAAGAAAAGAGACUCGUACAUUCGCCGCACACGUUCAACUGGCUCUACGUGGGGAAUAUGAGGAUUUUGGGAGGACGCCAGUGAUAAACAGUAUUCCAGACUGCUGUCACAAAAGAAGACCACGGAACACCCUCAUCAGAGACCCCUUGUUUGAUACGAGGGGCGAUUGAAUAUCCAUGUAGUAAGGCGCAUCAGCAUCCAUCAUGAAUCCCAUGUCACAUCUGUACUACAAAAAGAGCAGCUACUCUCCGUACCGGGACCGAAUCCCUCUACAGAUCGUCCGGGCGGAGGUAGAGCUUUCCCCAGAGGAGCGUUCAUUCCUUUCGGGCGUGGAAAAGGGUGACUAUGCAGGGGUCCAGCAUGCACUACGUGAGGCGGAGGUCUACUAUAAUAUUGACGUCAACUGUGUGGAUCCAUUGGGCCGCAGUGCGCUACUAAUCGCUAUUGAGAAUGAGAACCUUGAGGUGAUGGAGCUGCUUCUGGAUCACGGAGUGAACACUGGAGACGCUCUGCUCUACGCCAUCCGCAAAGAAGUGGUGGGAGCUGUAGAGUUACUGCUGUCCCACAGGAAACCCAGUGGAGAAAAACAGGUUCCAUCAUUAAUGAUGGAUGCACAGUUUUCUGAGUUCACACCUGACAUCACUCCCAUCAUGCUCGCCGCCCACACAAACAACUAUGAGAUCAUCAAACUCCUGGUCCAACGCAAAGUCACCAUCCCUCGGCCGCACCAGAUCCACUGUGACUGUGUGGAGUGUGUGUCCAGCUCUGAGGUGGACAGCUUGCGUCACUCUCGGUCCCGUCUCAACAUCUAUAAAGCGCUCGCCAGCCCCUCUCUCAUCGCGCUUUCCAGCGAGGAUCCCAUCCUAACUGCGUUCAGACUGGGCUGGGAACUGAAGGAGCUCAGUAAAGUGGAGAACGAGUUUCGACAAGAGUAUGAGGAGCUUUCUCAACAGUGUAAGCUCUUUGCUAAAGACCUGCUGGACCAGGCACGUAGCUCCCGUGAGCUGGAGACCAUCCUCAAUCACCGUGAUGACCAAAGCGAGGAGCUGGACCCGCGAGAAUGCCGAGACUUGGCCAAACUCAAGCUGGCCAUUAAAUAUCACCAGAAAGAGUUUGUGGCACAGCCAAACUGUCAGCAGCUCUUGGCCACACAAUGGUAUGACGGCUUUCCUGGUUGGCGGCGCCGUCACUGGGCAGUUAAGCUGGUCAUGUGCUUCAUUAUCGGCCUGCUCUUCCCUGUCUUCUCACUGGUCUACCUGCUGGCUCCUAAAAGCACACUGGGACUCUUCAUUAAAAAACCCUUCAUCAAAUUUAUCUGCCACACAGCCUCCUACCUCACCUUCCUCUUCCUCCUCCUCCUAGCCUCACAGCAUAUAGCACGCACCAACCUACACAUGCAGGGCCCUCCGCCCACUGUGGUGGAGUGGAUGAUACUACCUUGGGUGCUGGGCUUUAUAUGGGCUGAGAUUAAGGAGAUGUGGGACGGAGGUUUUAAUGAGUACGUCCAUGACUGGUGGAACCUGAUGGAUUUUGCCAUGAAUUCUCUCUAUUUGGCCACUAUAUCUUUAAAGAUCGUCGCGUAUGUCAAGUAUAACAGUUCUCGUCCACGAGAGGAAUGGGAGAUGUGGCAUCCGACGCUGAUCGCUGAGGCUUUGUUUGCCAUUGCUAACAUCUUCAGCUCGCUUCGGCUCAUCUCCCUCUUCACGGCCAACUCUCACCUGGGCCCGCUGCAGAUCUCACUUGGUCGCAUGUUGCUGGACAUCCUCAAGUUCCUCUUCAUCUACUGUCUAGUGCUUCUGGCCUUCGCCAAUGGACUCAACCAGCUAUACUUUUACUACGAGACAGAGGCAGCCGAUGAACCCAACCACUGCAAAGGGAUCCGCUGCGAGAAACAGAACAAUGCAUUCUCUACGUUGUUUGAAACCCUUCAGUCACUGUUCUGGUCGAUAUUCGGCCUCCUGAAUCUGUAUGUAACAAACGUGAAAGCUCGGCAUGAGUUCACAGAGUUUGUUGGAGCCACUAUGUUCGGCACUUACAACAUCAUCUCAUUGGUGGUUCUUCUGAACAUGCUCAUCGCUAUGAUGAACAACUCUUACCAGCUCAUCGCAGACCAUGCUGACAUCGAGUGGAAGUUUGCUCGAACCAAGCUGUGGAUGAGUUAUUUCGAUGAGGGCGGGACACUCCCCCCACCGUUCAACAUCAUCCCCAGUCCUAAGUCAUUCUGGUACCUGUGUCGAUGGGUACACGGGCGGCUCUGCGGGUCGGAGGCUGCUCCGCCUGAAGAAGACCCCCAUAAACAUGAGAGUCUGAAGGAGUUUACGGAAAAGCAUGCUGACAGGCUAAUACAGAAUCAGCAUUAUCAGGAGGUCAUCCGUAGUCUAGUUAAGAGGUAUGUGGCGUCCAUGAUCCGCAGCGCCAAGACAAGCGAAGGGCUGACAGAGGAAAAUUUUAAGGAGCUGAAACAGGACAUUUCCAGUUUCCGCUAUGAAGUUUUGGACCUUCUGGGCAACCGGAAGCCGCCUCGGCGGAACUAUUCCUCCAGCAGCGAGGCCACGCUUCGAGAUGAGGUCAGCGACGAGGGCGAGGCCUGUUACCACAGCGACGGGAGCAGCAUCGGGGCCAAGGGUGUGUCUUUCAAAACUGUUACACCGUCGGAUCCGUCGUACGGAGUCUCUGCCCUCUUUCGCUCCAUCUCCGGAAUGGAGGUCGCUACUACUACAACGACGGUGCCACCAUCUGCAUACAGGGAGGGUAAACCAAAGAUAAAUGGACUGAGGAAGAACCCCUCGCCCUCCUCGUCCCUGUCCUCAGUGGCUCCAGCAAGACCUGCACUUUCACGAACUUGGAGGCGGUUUUCCCGCUUCUCUAGUUCCAAGAAGAACUCUUUCAGACGGCUCGGCCUGCUGUUCUCACGCAUGGGAAGCCACCUUCCGCAGCCGGCAGGUGUCACCGCUGCAACCUACACUAUCUCAGAUGGAUUGCUUCACCCGCCGGGGGCUUGGAACGAUUUGGGCUUCACCAGGGGUGUCGGUCCCGUCACCAGAAGCGAUGCCAACCCUAAUCAGGUGGACAUGGGUGCUUUAAAUGAGGGUGACGGUGCCAUGACGACCAAUGGACAGAGAGCUAAUGGAAGGGAUGUUUUACUGACAUUAGGACCUCUGUCCCCACCUUCUUCCCUGCACUGUGCUUCCAGUUUCUCCGCCUCCAGCUCCCGCCUCCUGGACUCAAAUGAGGACGUGUUCCAGGGAUUGGUCGGGCCCUGUGGUGGACAAAUCCCAGACUCCUCCCGCUGGGUAACGGAACAGGACGAUUCGUUGACCACGCAGCUAUAGUAUUGCUAGUAUGUACUGUACAGCACUUUGAUAAAAACAAUAAUGAGUGAUGAUAUCAAUAACUAUGACCUUAACCACAACCGAUUCUUCUGUUCCUUCUUUUGUUUGCUGCUGCAAUGUUUGUAAUUUCUUUCUGAGAUUUAACCAAAUCAGAAGUUAUUUACAAGAGAGAUGGGAUGAGUGUAUUAAAUGAUGGAUAACAGAGAUUCAGAAUAUAGGGACAGAAAAGUGCCAUCAUCAGAGAAAUGCAGGCUUGCAUUUUUGUAUCUUCAUUACAUCACAUUGUUCACCCAACAGUGAAAAUCUGAAAUCUGUUUAUCAAUUUCAUGUCAUUCCAAACCUGUUUGAUUUUUUCCUUCUUCUAUAGAACACAAAAGAAGAUUUUGGCUAACACUGACUUCUAUUAACCAUUUUCUUAA